AUGGAGAGUGCUCGGUCAGCCCCCAAGCCGACAACGUGUUUGUUGUUCAAUGAGAGCGAAUUACGAGUUGGAGCAGUGGUCGUGGCAUGGCAGCGGCAGUUAUUCAGUUCGCUCGAAUGGGGAAAUUGCUUGGCUCAGAUGCGCAGAGAAGUUGCAGAGUUGUCUACUUGGACUUGGCAACGCAAUUCACACCCGUUUUGUCGACCAGCCCAGCCCUGCCCUGGCAGUGCAGCCUGUCAUGCCAGGGCGAACGAAUCCAAGCACGCUGCUGUGUUGUUAAAUCAAACCUCGCACGAAAUGAUGAACUCAUCUCUGAUGUCCUCUAGUUCCCUCGUUCAUCUCUUACGGACAGUUCUUUCUCCUCGCAUCCCAAUGAAUCCCGAAGACGCUCUGAUACGACGGCACCGCACCAGCGAUGCCAUGCCUGGCGGGUCUACACAAUCUCACAGAGUAUGGCAGCACGAUGUCUCAGCCUGCAAGUGA